AUGGGCGCAUCCAUCGUACUCAAGUAUAGCGCCACCGGCUCCGCCGCCGCCCUCAGCUCCGCCAGCGGCGGCGGCGCCGCCGCCGGCGGCAGCGCGGUCAGGGCGGUGCUCAGGACACGCGCGAGCACUGGCCGCGGCUCUGGCCGCGGGAAGCUUCCCGUGGUGUUCACGCCCGCGGGCACGUGCGCGCUGUCGGACAUCACCGGGACCGCGGCGCCGUCGAGCGUGAUCGCAAACGCCAAGGUCCAGGCCGGCAUGAGCGGCAACUCCAGAUACAGAAUGACUUUCAGCGACUUCCCCGGGACGUAUUCAAAGGGCAAGACCACCUCGAAAACGUACACCCUGGCCACAUACGUCAUUUCUGGCCUGCAG